UAGGGUCCGCCUACCGUGGCUUGUAAAACCAUCCAAGGCAUCCAAAUCUUACAUGGUGUGCUGGUCAUGGAAUUUCUUAAGAGGAUUCAUCACGACGGGCCACUGUAGCAUACUUUUCAAACCAUACACACUGCUUAAAAUAAUAAUCAUCAGAUUUCCGUGACAUAAUUUAUAUAUUGGGUUGGACCGGAAAACUCACAAAAUCCAUUCGAUCCAGCAAGGUUUUCUUCUUCAGAAAUGUAUAGCAAUUUCAAGGAGCAAGCAAUAGAAUUUGUCAGGCAGGCAGUAAAUGAAGACAACGCAGGAAAUUAUGCCAAAGCAUUCCCUCUAUACAUGAAUGCUUUGGAGUACUUCAAAACCCAUCUCAAAUAUGAGAAGAACCCCAAGAUCAAGGAGGCCAUUACACAGAAAUUUACAGAGUACUUGAGAAGGGCAGAAGAGAUCCGAGCUGUUUUGGAUGAGGGCAUCACUACCAAGCCCGCUGCCAACGGGGACGCUGCCGUGGCUACAAAACCCAAAUCCAAAGGCGCCAAGGGAGGUGAUGGGGAUGGAGAUGGAGAGGAUCCAGAGCAGGCCAAGUUGAGAUCAGGUCUCAAUUCGGCUAUAAUAAGAGAUAAACCAAAUGUUAAAUGGAGUGACGUGGCAGGCCUCGAGAGUGCCAAGGCGGCCCUGCAGGAGGCUGUAAUCCUACCUGUCAAGUUUCCUCAGUUUUUCACAGGUAAGCGGAAGCCCUGGAGAGCAUUUCUUUUAUAUGGCCCUCCUGGUACAGGAAAAUCAUACUUGGCAAAGGCUGUUGCAACGGAAGCAGAUUCAACAUUUUUCAGUAUAUCUUCCUCAGACCUUGUUUCGAAAUGGAUGGGUGAAAGUGAGAAGCUUGUUUCCAAUCUAUUUCAAAUGGCUCGGGAAUCUGCUCCUUCAAUUAUUUUUGUUGAUGAAAUUGAUUCUUUGUGUGGACAACGAGGGGAAGGUAAUGAAAGUGAGGCUUCAAGACGAAUAAAAACUGAGCUUUUAGUACAAAUGCAGGGUGUAGGACAUAAUGACCAGAAAGUUCUUGUGUUGGCAGCUACAAACACUCCAUAUGCACUGGAUCAGGCUAUUAGGAGACGUUUUGACAAAAGAAUCUACAUUCCUCUACCUGACCUGAAGGCAAGGCAGCAUAUGUUCAAGGUUCAUUUAGGUGAUACACCUAAUAAUCUAACAGAGAGCGACUUUGAGGAACUAGCAUCCAGAACAGAUGGCUUCUCUGGUUCUGAUAUUUCUGUUUGUGUAAAAGAUGUGUUAUUUGAACCUGUUCGUAAGACUCAAGAUGCUAUGUUCUUCAGAAAAGUCUCUACUCAAGAUGGAGAGAUGUGGAUGCCAUGUGGCCCCAGGCAAUCGGGGGCUGUGCAAACUACGAUGCAGGAACUUGCCAUUGAGGGUCAAGCGUCAAAGAUUCUGCCCCCUCCGAUUACAAAGACAGACUUUGAUAAGGUUCUUGCAAGGCAAAGACCAACUGUUAGCAAGGGUGACCUGGAAGUGCAUGAGCGGUUUACUAAGGAAUUUGGUGAAGAGGGUUGACAAGCUUUCAUCUUUCAAGGUCGUCAUAUUGUAUUUAUUUUCUUCAAUCAUAUCAUACUCAGUCUUUGAAGCAUUCCAAUUAUUGUAACAAAUAAUGGUUGUAAACUGACUGCCCUGGGUCUGUCAAAUAUGUUCAGAAAUGUUUCUGUGGAAGAUAUCAUCGGAAUGAAUAGUUUGUAUGUUAAAUUCUAAGCUCAAAAUCUCCAAGUCAGCUUCCCUUGGUCUGUCAAAUAUAUUUUCUUGAAUGUUUAUGUGGAAGAUAUCACCUGAAUGAAUUGUCUUUUAGUUUUUGUCAGUCUAAAAUGAAAAUUUCCAAGACAGCUUGCACUUUAUUGUCCA